UUUAACUGUUCUUCCUUGCUCCUCUAGACACCAUAAAGCUAGGCCUUUUCCCAUUCGUCAACUCAUUCAAAGCCUAGUAUCAUGCUCAGCUGUGCAAAUAGAAGUACAAGUACGAUCAUAGAAAAGUAGAAGCGAGCCUUACAUCGAAACUUUCCAUUAAUUCGUAGUACUAGUGGUAGUUGCAGAAAUGGCAGUUGAGAAUGGAUCAUCCGAUAAGAAAGUGAUGGUGGCCAUAGAUGAAAACGAGACAAGUUACCAUGCCCUCGUCUGGUAUCUGCAGAAUUUUCAAGAAUCCAUCUUGAAGUCCUCACAUCCCCUAAUACUCUUCAUGGUUCAGCCACCUCCUCCUUCCAACAACACCUUUGCUGCCUCUCUUGGCUCUGCCCGCAUGUUCUGCAAUGUCUCUCCCACUCCAGACUAUGCUAAUGCAGUCCAGGAGCGAAAUCGCCUUAUUUCAAGUGGUAUUUUGGAGAAAGCUAAGAGCAUCUGCACCAGCCAUGGGGUAAAUGCAGAGACACUGCUAGCUGUUGGAGAUGCUAAGAAGGCAAUAUGUGACGCUGUGCAAAAAUUAAACGUUGAUCUACUUGUUUUAGGUGAUCAUGGAGAUGGAAAACUCAAAAGGGUAUUUCUAGGAAGUGUGAGCAACCAUUGUGUUUUUAACGCCAAGUGCCCUGUGCUAGUUGUGAAGAAACCAGAGUGAAGGCAAGCUCAGCAGCAACUUUGAUGCAAAUAUGAUUGCAGCAGUCAUUAUAUUACCCCUUUUCUUUCAAAGUUCUAGUUGGGAUGCUGCUUGUUCUUGUGUCUGUAACUAGGAACAUUUGUGUAUCUAUUUGACUAUUAUGAUGUGUGCAGUGGAUGGAAGUUAUUAGACUUAAUUUGGUACAGAAUAA